AAUGGGAUAGUCAAGCAGACAGAACUGAAAGCGAGAAACUGAAGAAAAAAGGCGAACAUCACUGACAGCGAAAUUAGUCUUUGUUUGGUGCCUGAUUUCUGGAUUUAUAAGGGGGUUUUUUUAGUAGCAGGAGAAACCACAGCUAUGUCCCGACAGCUGCGGGUGGUGCAGGUGCAGCCGGAGAGCAGGGUUCAGGAAGCUGGACAGUGGAGCACAGGCCUGUGUGACUGCUGGCAGGACAUGGGAGACUGCUGCUUGGCCAUGUGCUGUCUCCCACUGUUUACCUGUAAGGUGACCAGGGCCGUGGGUGCCUGUCCCUGUUUGCCGUUACUGGACUGUAUUGGCUGCGUCCCGCCGGCCUCGCUUGCCAUGAGGGCUUCAGUCAGGGAACGAUACGGCAUAGAGGGGAGUGUAUGGACCGACUGUCUGUAUGGAUGUUGCUGCUAUCCUCUGUCUUGGCUGCAAAUCUCCAGGGAGCUGAAGAGAAGAGCUGCAGCCCACGCCAACUCCUCCACCUCCUCCUCUGCCUCUUCCUCGGCCAGAUACACUGCUCUGACCUCCCUGCAGGGGGCGCACUUGGUCUAGACACUCCCGGGCCUUUGCCGUCACCCGCUCUCCAGAGUACAACUGAUUUAAUCACACUUCCUCCAAGCUGCUGCCACUCCCUGUAACCUCAGUGAUUUGAUCAGAGACAAAAUGUGUCCCGCUGAGAGAAAGGUCAAGUGGAACCUGAAAAUGAAUGCACUGAUGAUAAAAAUGAAUAAAAUGUUAGAACUGGCAAAUUUUGCACGCAGCUUUGAGAUCAAAAGUGCAUGUUUCCCCACUUUUGAUGCAAUAAUGGCUAUGUUUUUCUUUUUCUUUCUUUCUUUUUUUUUUUUUUGGAACAAACUUCAAAGACUAUAUUGCCUUUAUUUAAAAUGUCUUUUAAUUUUCUCCAGAAUCCUUCCUUACCUUUGCCAAAUUGGCAAGGAAUAAUAGUAGGCCUACAAAUCAUUCUGACCACAUAAAUAAAAGUUUUUUUCUAUGUUCAGGGGCGUAGCCAUCAUUUCAAAAGUGAAGGGAUGGGAUGUUCAGGAGAAAGACCUUUUUUUAUGUAAAAAUAAAUCAACAGGUUUGUGUCACUUUUGUUGUGUGUCUAUAGAACUCUUUGAAACCAGUGAGCUUUUU